GGGCGGGUCGCCAGGAAGCGGAAGUGGCCGAGCCGCGGAGGCCGCCGCCUUUAAGUUCCGCGCUCGCCACCGCGCGUUACCGCCGCCGAAGAAGCCGCUGCAGCCGGGGACCGAGUGGAGGCGGCGCGGCAUGAAGCGGCACAGGCCCGCUCCGUAGCGCUCGCGCGCGCGCGUCGGGACGAUCCGGGCGGGGCCGGGCGGGGGAAGGAAAAUGCAACAUGGCAGCAGCAAUGGAAACAGAACAGCUGGGUGUUGAGAUUUUUGAAACUGCAGAGUGUGAAGAGAAUAUUGAAUCACAGGAUCGGCCUAAAUUGGAGCCAUUUUAUGUUGAGCGGUAUUCCUGGAGUCAGCUUAAAAAGCUCCUUGCUGACACCAGAAAAUAUCAUGGCUACAUGAUGGCGAAGGCACCACACGAUUUUAUGUUUGUGAAGAGGAAUGACCCCGAUGGGCCUCAUUCAGACAGAAUCUAUUACCUUGCCAUGUCUGGUGAGAACCGAGAAAACACUCUGUUUUAUUCUGAAAUUCCCAAAAACGUCAACAGAGCUGCAGUCUCCAUGUUGUCCUGGAAGCCUCUUCUGGAUCUUUUCCAGGCAACAUUGGACUACGGAAUGUAUUCUCGAGAAGAAGAAUUAUUAAGAGAAAGAAAACGCAUCGGGACAGUUGGAAUUGCUUCUUAUGACUAUCACCAAGGAAGUGGAACCUUUCUGUUUCAAGCUGGUAGUGGAAUUUAUCAUGUGAAAGACGGAGGGCCACAGGGAUUUACUCAACAACCUUUACGGCCCAAUUUAGUGGAAACUAGUUGUCCCAACAUACGAAUGGAUCCCAAAUUAUGCCCUGCUGACCCAGAUUGGAUUGCUUUUAUACAUAGCAAUGAUAUUUGGGUAUCUAACAUUGUAACCAGAGAAGAAAGAAGGCUUACCUAUGUGCACAACGAGCUAGCCAACAUGGAGGAGGAUCCCAGAUCCGCUGGGGUUGCCACCUUUGUUCUUCAAGAAGAGUUUGAUAGAUACUCUGGCUAUUGGUGGUGUCCAGAAGCUGAAGCAACUCCUAAUGGUGGUAAAAUUCUUAGAAUUUUGUAUGAAGAAAAUGAUGAGUCCGAGGUGGAAAUUAUUCAUGUUACAUCCCCCCUGCUGGAAACAAGGAGGGCAGAUUCGUUCCGUUACCCUAAAACAGGCACAGCAAAUCCAAAAGUCACUUUCAAGAUGUCGGAAAUACUAAUUGAUGCUGAAGGAAGGAUUAUAGAUGUCAUAGAUAAGGAACUAAUUCAACCUUUUGAGAUUCUGUUUGAAGGAGUUGAAUAUAUUGCCAGAGCUGGAUGGACUCCAAAGGGAAAAUAUGCUUGGUCCAUCCUACUAGAUCGCUCCCAAACUCGUCUACAAAUAGUGCUGAUCUCACCUGAAUUAUUUAUCCCAGUAGAAGAUGAUGUCAUGGAAAGACAGAGACUCAUCGAAUCAGUGCCCGACUCUGUGACCCCGUUGAUCAUCUAUGAAGAAACAACAGACAUCUGGAUAAACAUCCAUGACAUCUUUCAUGUUUUUCCCCAAAGUCACGAAGACGAAAUUGAGUUUAUUUUUGCCUCUGAGUGCAAAACCGGUUUCCGUCAUUUAUAUAAAAUCACAUCCAUUUUAAAGGAGAGCAGAUAUAAACGAUCCAGUGGUGGUCUGCCUGCCCCAAGUGAUUUCAAGUGUCCUAUUAAAGAGGAAAUAGCAAUUACCAGUGGUGAAUGGGAAGUUCUUGGCCGGCAUGGAUCUAAUAUCCAGGUUGAUGAGGUCAGAAGGCUGGUCUACUUUGAAGGCACUAAAGACUCCCCUUUAGAACAUCACCUAUAUGUUGUCAGUUACGUGAAUCCAGGCGAGGUGACCAGGCUGACCGACCGUGGCUACUCCCAUUCUUGCUGCAUCAGCCCGCAUUGCGACUUCUUUAUAAGUAAAUACAGUAACCAGAAGAAUCCACACUGUGUAUCCCUUUACAAGUUGUCAAGUCCUGAAGAUGACUCAGCUUGCAGGACAAAGGAAUUUUGGGCCACCAUUUUGGAUUCAGCAGGUCCACUUCCUGACUACACCCCUCCAGAAAUUUUCUCCUUUGAAAGCACUACUGGAUUUACGUUAUAUGGCAUGCUGUACAAGCCUCAUGAUCUGCAACCUGGGAAGAAAUAUCCCACGGUGUUGUUCAUCUAUGGUGGUCCUCAGGUGCAGUUGGUAAAUAACCGAUUCAAAGGCAUCAAGUACUUCCGCUUGAACACCCUAGCCUCUCUGGGUUAUGUGGUUGUGGUAAUAGACAACAGGGGAUCCUGUCACCGAGGGCUUAAAUUUGAAGGCGCCUUUAAAUACAAAAUGGGUCAAAUAGAGAUUGACGAUCAGGUGGAAGGGCUCCAGUACUUAGCCUCUCGGUAUGAUUUCAUUGACUUGGACCGUGUGGGCAUCCACGGCUGGUCCUAUGGUGGAUACCUCUCCCUGAUGGCAUUAAUGCAGAGGUCAGAUAUCUUCAGGGUUGCCAUAGCUGGGGCCCCAGUCACCCUGUGGAUCUUCUAUGAUACAGGAUACACAGAACGUUACAUGGGUCACCCUGACCAGAAUGAGCAGGGCUAUUACUUAGGGUCUGUGGCCAUGCAAGCAGAAAAAUUUCCCUCUGAACCAAAUCGUUUACUGCUUUUACAUGGAUUCUUGGAUGAGAAUGUCCAUUUUGCACACACCAGUAUAUUACUGAGUUUUUUAGUGAGGGCAGGAAAGCCAUAUGAUUUACAGAUCUAUCCUCAGGAGAGACACAGCAUCAGAGUCCCUGAAUCCGGAGAGCAUUAUGAACUGCAUCUUUUGCACUACCUUCAGGAAAACCUCGGAUCACGCAUCGCUGCUCUCAAAGUGAUAUAGUUUUGCCCCAUGUAGAACUCUGGCAUACACUGGCUGUUGAACCAAAUGAGGAGGCCUAAUCAAUAGAAAACACAGAAUUGAUCAUCGCAUUCUGGUAUCCACUGUGUAACACCUACUCCUGAAAGUGAAUUUGGUGCCACGCAGGUGUCUACAGCUUGUGGAUAAUAAUCUUAAUACCUUAACCAUACACACACAAAAUGGAGUGAUUCAUGUUUCUAAGGGAUCCAGCAAUACCAUGAGAGCUAUGGAAAAGAACAAGACAUUAGCACCGCAUAUCCAUACUACCCUGUUUUCACUUUCAGUAGCAUUAUAGACGUCACGGACUUGAUUAGUGUAUUUUUACAGUAUGCUUCUCAGUUUGUUAAAAUAUGAUGAUAUUAGUGAUUGGUUUGAUUCAGUUCCAGAGUAUCUGGACUAGUUACAGAUUCGAUAGCCCUUAAGUGUAACUGAAUAGCUUAUGCUUCAUUGCUUGGGGUGUAUCCAGCAUGGUAUGAACUAAUCACUAUUAAGCCUACGACUUGACCCGUCAUUAACGGUUCUUCAUGGAUAAUUUAGUGGCCUCCUAAAGACACUUAUUUUGGCCCUGACCGUUUUUUAGCCCAUUUAAAUUCUAUCUGGUAUAAAUAAUUCUCAGUUUGCUUUGAAAUGACAGAGUGAGUUUUUCCUUUCACAUAAAGGCAAGUAACUAUAAAUGUAGCAUGGAUUUAAUUAGUCUUAUGAUACUGAUAAUUACAGGCAAAAAAUUUUUAAUCAAACGAUUAGAGCUAAAAUAUUUGCAGGCAAGGUUUUUUUUUUUUCUUUACAGAAAGAAAAAGUACACAUUCACUUAUAUUUGGCAAUUUUAGUGGUGCCAGAUUCCAUGUGGUGUUUUCUUACUAAAAUGUUCCAGGGUGUAAGGGAGGUGGAAGAGAAUUGCAGAAAGAUUGAAGGAAGACCGCGGUGUGGGGGAUGACAGGAGAGGCAAGGGUCUACUUAACAAUGAAGCAGAAGUCAUUUGGACAGGAAUAAUUCGUGAAAAGGGUUGGGAAAUGAAAUUUAAACUGUUAGCAUGGUAUAGAAAUCACUCUCUUGCCAACCCAGCUACAGACUAAUAUUGUUCGGGGGAAGAAAAUUUUUUUGGAAUUACUUUCAUAAUUACAUUUUUUAUUAUUACAUUUCCUCUUCAUUUUAGAAAUCUUAUCCAUUUACACUUUAUCCUUCUUAAAUUAUUUGAACAUAAUUUACAUUUGGUGAGCCUGCACUAGGAGGCUUCCAGACAACUUCUUUACCAUAAGUCUCUGACAAACCAGGGCUCUCUGUGGGAAGCCUGGGAGCACUUUCCUGGAGUGUCUGAGACAUUGAUUUGCCGUCAUGGGAACUUGUAAGCUUUCAGGUGUUGAUGACGUCUGCCCUCUGAGUUGAACCCUUUGUCACAAACUUGAGUGUUACCAGUAUUCUUAUGCCACACUCAAGAAGUGCAGUCUCCUUUCUCACCACUACAGCGAGGGUAGCUUUCUCCCCCCGCCCCAGACCACGUGGUUGGUAGCAGUUGGAGCCAGACUUGGAAUCCCUGGGAGCCAGGUGAGGUGGGAGAAGCUGGGGAAUGGCAGUGACUUGGAGGCUCUCUCCCUGGGAAGAGGGCGGGGUUUUACUGUUUGUGUAUUUAUAUUGUAUAAUAGAUGCCACACUUUUCCUCAUUGUCUGUGUAUGUAUUGAUUUUUGUGUUUUUAUGAUAUUUUUCCAUACUAAAAUCUGUUUAUAUUUUUUCAAUGUUAAAUUAAAUUGACUUGGGUAAUUUUUCUUCCCCAAGAAAGUAUUUUC